CUCCAGAGGGUUUGCAAGGCGAACCACUAAUGCAAAAAGUUGAUAUCUACGGGUUUGGUGUGAUAAUGUGGGAGGUGGCGAUAGAACAGAGACCUUACGACGGUCAAAAUUUUGAUAUCGAUUUAUCUAUUAAAAUUUGCCGAGGAGAACGACCUAAAUUUGAUUCCAAUAUACCGAAAUGUUAUGCAAUGCAUGGAUUCUACUCCUGA